GCACCCUUCCAGCUCACACCUAGAGUUGGCCACCGAGCGGACCUAUUACUGACACAGCCAGGCAACCUUGCGAGGUUUGGAAACCCACUUCUUCGACCUAGGCCCGGGCACCAACCCUUCGAAUAACCGCUGACGUCCCCAAGCCCACUCACACCCACAUCAGGAAGCAGUUCCUGAAGAAGGCGAGGCACGGGGUGGGGGAAUCCCUUCCCCGCCCCAUCCUUAAAAGUUGCUGGGAGCGGCACCCAAAGAACUUUCCCAGAUUGAUCUCUGUCACCGCUCAGGGAGGUCUGCUCCGGGCCCUCAGGCUUUCCGCCCGGAGCCAAUCGGCCGUGCCUGCCAAGCCCCUCCUUCCCAGCACCUUUAAUGGUUGAGAGAGGGGAGGGUCGGCUGGGGUUUUCUUCUUAAGAAGUCGCACCGGUUUUUCGAGCUCCGCUCUGCGCCUGGAGAGCCACAGCAGCGGGAACGGCCGCUGCCACCACCGGGCCGCGGGUGGGUGAGUAACACCUUUGGGAGAAAGAAAAUUGGCUUCCUUUCUUGAAGGUGGUGAGUGUACAGCAGGUAGCUGCAUGGAAGGAACAGUAAUCAGAUGGCCACCUUCUUCACUUUGUGCUAGGAAACAAAAUCAGUUAUAAGAGUCCAUGUUGAUCUCGGAAAUAGAGGGAUUUGAAAAAGUUAAGUUUGCACAAAGAACAAGAACUUUACCAUCUCCUUCUUGAUCUGAAGACUGGGGGACCAUGGAUAUUAUAGAGACAGCAAAACUCGAGGAACAUAUGGAAAAUCAAACCAAUGAUCCCGCAAAUACUUACACAAGACCUGCCGAGCCUGUUGAAGAAGAAAACAAAAAUGGCAACAGUAAACCUAAGAGCUUAUCCAAUGGGUUGCGAAAGGGCACCAAAAAGUACCCGGACUAUAUCCAAAUUGCUAUGCCCACUGAAUCAAGGAACAAAUUUCCCCUGGAGUGGUGGAAAACAGGGAUCGCCUUUGUGUACGCUCUUUUCAACCUUGUCUUAACAACCGUCAUGAUCACAGUUGUGCACGAAAGGGUGCCUCCCAAGGAGCUCAGCCCUCCACUACCAGACAAGUUUUUUGAUUACAUUGAUCGGGUAAAAUGGGCAUUUUCUGUAUCAGAAAUAAAUGGGAUUAUAUUAGUUGGAUUAUGGAUCACCCAGUGGCUGUUUCUGAGAUACAAGUCAAUAGUGGGGCGCAGAUUCUUUUUUAUCAUUGGAACUUUAUACCUGUAUCGCUGUAUCACAAUGUAUGUUACUACUCUCCCUGUGCCCGGAAUGCAUUUCCAGUGUGCCCCAAAGCUCAACGGAGACUCUCAGGCAAAAGUACAACGGAUUCUACGGUUGAUUUCUGGUGGUGGAUUGUCCAUAACUGGAUCCCAUAUCUUGUGUGGAGACUUCCUCUUCAGUGGUCACACCGUUGUGCUGACACUUACUUAUUUGUUCAUCAAAGAAUAUUCGCCUCGUCACUUCUGGUGGUAUCAUUUAAUCUGCUGGCUGCUGAGUGCCGCCGGGAUCAUCUGCAUUCUUGUAGCACAUGAACACUAUACUGUCGACGUGAUCAUUGCUUAUUAUAUUACAACACGGCUGUUUUGGUGGUACCAUUCAAUGGCCAAUGAAAAGAACUUGAAGGUCUCUUCACAGACUAAUUUCUUGUCUCGAGCAUGGUGGUUCCCCAUCUUUUAUUUUUUCGAGAAAAACGUACAAGGCUCAAUUCCUUGCUGCUUCUCCUGGCCACUCUCCUGGCCCCCUGGCUGCUUUAAAUCCUCGUGCAAAAAGUAUUCACGGGUUCAGAAAAUCGGUGAAGAUAAUGAGAAAUCUACCUGAGAAGCAAAACAAAGGCAUCAGCUCUUACACCAAAAGAGUUAACGCUGUAACCAAAGGUAUAGUUUUGGGUUUUUAUUUUAGAAGAACUGACUGGUAAAGGAAGAAGUGGACCAAAUUUUGUGUAAAUGAUUAGAAAGAUGAACGAAGUAUUACCCUUUGACUGCUUUUCUGAUUCAUCCUGAGAAAGGUAUAUUCUCCUGCAGCCCUUCAUUCAUUGGUGACAAGCCCCCCCACUGGGAUUUUACUAAUGAGCUUCUUAAAGAGGUGCCAAAGAACAUACUAUUCCUAUCCUUAUUCUUUCUCCACUAAAGCCCUCUACAGAAUUUUUUCAGGAUUUUUUUUUCUCCACGGUCAGAAGAAUUUGUUAAUGUUUUAAAUAAACUAUCUGGAUAUAUACAGCUACUGUGUAAAUAGAAUUACCCAAUGUUGAGAGUGGUUUUAGUAUUAGGCUUAUUAAUGAGGGGGAGAUCCAUGGUUAGGAGUAAACUGGAGGUGAACUUUGUUUCCACUUUGUCAUGGGGAAGGUCAGGGUCAGGUCUGGGAAUGUGCACUGCUGCUACCACCCCAUGCACUAUGUAUCACUUUUACUUUUUUUAACUGAUACUUAUACAUACACACAAACACGCGCGCGCACGUGUGUGUGUGUGUGUGUGUGUAUAGAUAUAUAUAUAUAUAUAUAGGAAAGGUGAUCUAAGUAAAUAUGGAAGUAUUUGACACAUCUCACAGAUUUUACGUGUGUGUAAAUAUUUCCCCUUAGAAUCUCUAUGGCAGAUAUACAGGACGCCUGGAGCUGUUUCUGCUAAACAGGUGGUCCUUGAGUACACAUGUAUAUGCUAUCUGCCUGGUAGAUACACAUCUGGUAUCCCUAGGGCAGUCAGCUGCUCCAGCACAGGCUAGAAACACAUAGGUGUGUGAGCGGAUGAUCAUGCCACUUGGGGAACAAGGCUGCAUUUCUGUCCUGUCCUACCCUGUGGGAGAUCUGUUUUAGAGCUGCUGGUUGGAACUCAAAAAUGCAGUUGGCCACAUUUCGCUGCAGAUGAUUUCUUCCUAGUUAUUGUACUUUGUGGAAAAACCAAGGAGGAGUCCAAAAGUGUAAUGUAUCCUUGCCUUUUAGCAAGAGACUCAGCUUCUUAUAAACUGGUCCUAAGGACAUAUGCCACAAUUGAGUAAUUUUACUUUGAUCCUGAACUUACACCACGGUGCUGCACUAUAACCUACUGUUGAGAUCGGUCUGUUAGACAGUUACAGCUACUCAGUAAAAGGGGGAUCAUCGUUUCUAAAGUUCUUUGAGGUGGUGCAAAAAGAAGAUGGAUUUUUAAAAAUCGGAUCAGAUCAAUGCUGUCCAAGUUAAUCUUUUAAAACUUCUAGUAAGUUUAAAAAAAGAUUUAUGGUUACAAAAUCAUCAACACUAGGUCAGAAGACAGAGAGGCCAAUGACGCCAGUGAGCGAGCAGUUACAUUUAUAUUGAAGGUGAAAAUUUCCCUCCACUUAAGAAUGAGAAAUAUCCCGAAAUUUAUCAUUAUAAACUGGUUUGCCUUGAUUUGAUACACAAAAUUGACCUUCAGAUUGCUUGAGAGAAGCACAGCACAAAUUUUUCAGAAGAGUCCUUAUUUUUGGUGCUAAAAUUCUGUUUGUGUAUUCAGUAUGGCUCUUUCUCAAUGUAACAGAAGAAUCACUAAAGGAAAGGUAGUCGAAUUCAAAGGGAGGAAGAAAGACAUUCUUCAUCCGAUCAUUUAAAACAAGAAUUGAAAUCCUAAAUAUCCUUGACAGGCUUUGAAAUGCAAGGAGUUUUCAGGUAUUUGUUAUUAAAUGAACCGAUAAGAAAUAUAUCUGUAGCUUCCCCGGUGUGCUUAGCCAUAAUUCUGUAUAACUUUCUCUUAUUAAAUAUUGACACUUGUGAUAUAUAAGGGGUUGUGCUUG